AUGCCUAAUGCCGGAGGAGAAAGCUUCGUUUUAGCCUCUCUUUAUGCUACGGCUGUUCCUGCAUGCAGCGGUGGAACCCCUGCAACUGCUCAGCCCCCAGAAGCGGCGCCAUCGAAGCGGGAUUGCGCUCUGCCCAUCCUAAAUUCCCAAAAUGCAGCAAAAAAUAUAGGCUGCAUUGUGCCUUGCAGAUGCUGCAUUCCAGAAAUGAAUGCAACAAAGCCGAAAAAGCUCUGCGAAGUCCGCAGUCUUUCGGCUUCUGUUCAGCGACGGUACACCUCGGGGGGGUUGUGUUUCCCGAAAGAGCGACCCUCUGCUGGCCAGGCGCCUUCCCGUGCUCAGGAUCCCACGACGCAGGGCCAGUCAGCUUCACCGGAGGCUUCUUUCAACGUGACUCCCGAUGAGCUGCCCCCGUACAUCCGGCGUCUCGAACUGCGCCAAUGGACUCUCUACUUUUACCCCGUCGCGCAAUACCUCAAGUGUAUCGAUGAUCCCUCCGUAAGAGACUUCCCAACGGCGGAGGCGCCAGAUGAGCUCGUGGGCACCCCCUCUGGAUGCGCGAGCGCUUGGGAGGCGGCCUCUCUUGUGACGCUGCUUCGGCCGCAGCUUUUGUGUCUAGAGUGCUGCAGCAGCAGACUCCGAGAACUGUCGGCUGCAGCGGCUGCAGCCGCUGCCUCGGCCGCUGCCUCAGGGGCCCCUCUGCAAGUUGAACUGCGCAAGCAGCAACGCCGUCUGGCGGGGAGCUUCUCGCUCCUUACUUCAUUCGACGGCGGUUUGCUGCAUGCAGCGCUGUUGCCUGUCGUGGCGGCUGCGGGGGCCCCCCCGAGCUCAGUCUCCAGCCCCCUGGCUGCUGCUCCUGAGGGGGGGCCCCCCUUUCUGGGCACCCCGGGAGGACGAAGCAAAAAGGGCCCCUGGGAGCAGCCCGCUGGAGAGGACACGGGGGAUGCUGAGAUCGAAGGGAACCCCUUAUCGGCGAUUUACCCGAUAGACAGAGACAGAGUGACAACAGCCAGUUCUUCGCGCGGAUGGGGGGCCCUGCAGUGGGCGAAGCAACAGAAGGAGCUGUUUCCUUCUGGCUAUCAGGUGCUGCUAGAGGAGAGGGCCUCUUGUGCUGCCGCGAGUUUGUGGAACGCCAUCCGAGACGUCGAAGCGAGGGAAAGGCGCCCUCCUGGGGGGCCCCCCUCGGAGCUGCCACAGCCUUCUGCUGAGGCACGGGAGGCCGCUCACCCCGCGCAGCAGCCGAGGCUUCCCGGGGGGGGGGAAAAGGCUCACGUGGUACUUGUGGUUUGCUCGGCGGCGCUGUUGCCCUUGCUCAUGGACGCUUUACAGCAGGUGCAUGCUCUAGAAGCUCCCAAGAUCCUGGCCGCAGGGGGAGGAACUGGGCAGUUGGAGUAUCGCACGCCAAUGUAUGCUGCUUUGCACCGCUCUCCCCCCUGCCUGCUUCCGCUACUGGUGCUGCGGUUUGUUUUGCUGCCUACUGCGGUUGCGUAUGGCCUGGUUAAGCUGCUCAACGCGCUGUCUUCGUGGGUUGAAGGGUCGCUACACCGCGGGGACCUCCCAGCAGCAAGAGCUGCCGCCGGAGAGAUACAGGUGCGCAUUGACGAGCCUUCCUCCUCGCAAGGGGCCUCUGAGGGGUGUUCUCUGAGGGAACGCUUUAAGGGGCUAUCCUCAGCAAUCGCUCAUAAGUGGCAACCCACGGCGGGAGGCACCUUAAUUUAG